AUGCUUUAUAAUAUCUUUUAUGUUCGAUCAUUUGCAAAUGCAAAGCCAUUAUUGCAACAUGCAGCAUCAUCCGGAUCAUUAGAAGUAAAAGUAUCAGGAAAUUCAUAUCCAAAAGGGGCGAAAUUUGAUGAUCCAAUCGAUUUAGCUAAUCUUUAUGAUGAAGAAAGUGAAUCACACUACGAUUGGUGCUCUAACAUUCGAACUGAAAAAGAUCCUCUUCCUUAUGCUGAAUUUCGUUACGAAAGAAAAAAAUUUGUUGUUGAGAGCUACACACUUCAAAUGGGAUGCCACGACAAAGAAUAUUGCUGCAAAAGCCUUUUAGAGAAUGAUACUUGCGUUGAUUGUCAACUCACUGGUUGGUUAUUCCAAAUUUCUAAUGAUCAAGUUAAAUGGGAAACUGUUUCAAGAGUCGAGGAUGCAAAAGAAUCAUUAGAUUGCAAAGUAAAACGAUAUCGAUUAAACAAAAAACGCAUUACUAGAUACGUCCGAUUAAUACCUCUCGAUAACUCAUCAAAAUGCAUGCAGUUUUCAAAAUUUGAUGUUUUGGGACUAUACGAGUUCGAUCCAAUUGCUGAUGGAAACAAAAACGUAAUUGGUCGAAUUCAUAAACAAAGACAGUUUUGGUAUUAA